CCUGGCACUCACGCACGCAGCACGGACGCACCUCUUCCCCUCGCUCCCCUUCCUCACCUUCAUUCGGCCUCAUUGAUACCCUCGCCCUUCCACGCCUCACCAUGUCAAAACGCCCUCGCCGCCCGCUCAUUGCCUCUAUCAGCGACCUCAAUUCCCCCUCGCUCCCUGCUUCUUCUUCUUCCUCCUCCUCCGCGUCGUCCGGUAAUGACUUCAACCUGCCCACCACCACCUCCUCCCCUCGCGACAUGAACGUCGUCGAGACAUACGAAGCGCAUCUUCGCCAGAAUCCACGUCGCUUCAUGGAACAGCUUCUUGCCGCCUGGAAUGGUCAGGGCUGGCGUGGCUACACCGACUAUAUCGGCGCUCGCAUCUUGAUCGCGGGCCAAUCGCAGCAGAUGGCCAACGAGGUUAUGAGCAGCGACAGUGUCCAGUCCCGCAUCAAAGCGCUUGCUGCGUCGAGAGCAGAGGCAUUGUUCUCUGAGAGGACCAUAGAGGCACAAGCAGAUGAGGGCGUGCGGCAACGAUAUCGUGCUGCAAAGGAAAAGACGCGGCGUGACCUCGAGGCGCAACUGCACCACGUCGCUGAUCAGCAGGUACAGAUCUCCAUUGGUCGACUCGACUCGCUGUCCUUUAUCAAGGUAUUUGCUGCAGCCGUCAACAAUAUUCUCACGCGGAUGUACCAUCAGGGCAUCCACCUCAACAUCCCGCAGGUGCUCGAGUUGAGACGCAUAGCGGCAAAGGCGGCGGAAAAGGGGCAGAGCAUCAUCUUCUUGCCAUGUCACAAGAGUCACAUCGACUACUUGACCGUGAGCUGGCUGCUCUUUAGAGUCGGGCUGAGUCUGCCGGCCAUCGUAGCGGGGGAGAACCUCGACCUACCCAUCGUCGGCAACAUUCUACGCGGCGGCGGAGCCUUCUUCAUUCGUCGCACCUUCUCAGGCGACCAGCUGUACCCCGUCGUCAUCCGCGAGUACAUCGAGCGACUCCUGUCGUCCGGCCGUAACAUGGAAUGUUUCAUCGAAGGGACGCGAUCGCGAACGGGCAAGCUUCUCCCGCCCAAGCUUGGUAUCCUCAAGUACGUCGUCGAGGCGAUGCAGACGGGAAGGACGAACGGGGAUGUGUGGAUCUGCCCGAUCAGCUUGCAGUACGAUAGCGUCAUUGAGAGCGAGACGUACGUGAGCGAGUUGCUGGGCAAGCCCAAGGAGAAUGAGAGCCUGUUUGGCCUGCUCUCCGGAUCUUCCUCGGUCCUCUCGCUCAAGCUCGGACGCAUCGAUGUACGCUUCCAUGAGCCAUGGUCCCUGCAAGGAUUCGUCGAGGAGCAAAGGCAGCGUCGCGAGGGCAGGCUGCGCUCCGUGACCGAGGAGACGCGCAUCGACUUUGCAAAUAACAGUGCACACAAGCUCAUGCUCCUCAAGGCGCUCGGAUAUCGCGUCCUCGCAGACAUCAAUCGCGUCAGCGUCGUCAUGCCCGCUGCCUUGGUGGGGACCGUCCUCCUCACGCUGCGUGGUCGCGGCGUAGGUCGUGCGGCUUUGGAACGCAAGGUCGAUUGGCUGCGAGGCGCAAUCCAGCGCAAAGGCUACUCGGUCGCUGACUUCGGCAGCAUGACCACGAGCGAGGUAGUGGAGCGCGCCCUCGGCCUGAUGCGCCCGCUCGUCGAGAUUCAAGAUGGCCAAGAGGUGAUGGAAGAGACGAUUCUCCCCUCGAAGCGCUUCGAGUUGAGCUUCUAUCGUAAUCAAGUCAUCCACGUAUUCGUCAACGAGGCGCUUCUUUGCGCUGCGCUCUACACAAAGGUCAAGCAGGGGGGAACGGCACCGAUGCAGACGAUGACUCGCUCGCAGGUGCUGGUGGAGAGCGCUUUCCUUUCAGGGAUUCUGCGCAACGAAUUCGUCUACGGGACAGAGGGGGUGGAAACAAACGUGGACCAGACGGUGCGCGCUUUAAUCGGGGACGAGGUGCUACAGUGGGAAGAGGGCGAUGGCGAGGAGCGCAAACUCGGUCUCGCCAGCAUCGAACGUGAACGAGGUCGCGAAUCCUUCGACUCGUUCCUCUUCCUCAUCUGGCCCUUUGUCGAGUCCUAUUGGCUGGCAUGCUGUUCGCUCCUCCUCCUUGCACCCCCGCAUGCCGAUCAAGAUCCAACGCGCAUCCUCUGGUUCAACAGCAAGGACUUUGAGAAACGUGCACAGCUCUUCGGCAAGACGCUCUAUCAGCAAGGGGAGCUGGCUUAUUUGGAGGCGAUCAAUAGCGCGACACUCAGUCAAGCGCUGGGCAGGUUCGAGGAGAUUGGCCUCAUCAUGCGGAGGAAGAGCGAUGCAGUCAAGCCCGUACCGCUCAUCGCGUUGAGCCAGGAGUACAAACCGCGCUACGAUGCAGAGGGGGCACUUCUCGGUGAAGACGGAGGGAGCGCGGGCAGGCUGUGGGAGAUGUUAGAGCACUUGAGCUCUUUCAGGCGCGAAGGUAAGGAGAGACGUGAGACUUUGUUGGGCGAAAGAGUGAUGCGGCAUGUACGCGGGGAUGAUAGUGUGGUGGUUGAGGUGACGAGGGUUAAGGAGGAGGGAAAGAGGGAAGAGGGCAGAUUGUGAGUGCGACGAAAGGGGGAGGCUAUGCUUCUAAACAGGUCUUCGAGCGAGGUUUGCGAUAAUGUGGCGGUGGAAAUAAUAGCAAUGGACUCGCCUUCAUACCACGGCGGCAAUGUAGCUCAACCUCUUCUGAGCGAACGAGCAGCAGGCUGUCCCUCCUCGUAGUCGACGCGUGUUGGCCUCGUG